AGCGAUGCAGACUGAAAGGAAAUGGCACAUAGUCCUGGGCAUUAUCUUUCUUCUGGUCACCUCGGGUCAGUGUAUGGACAGCAAGGAAUCUAAGCAGAAAGAAAAGAAAACACUUCUAGAGCUCAUCCUACAGGUCACUGGAGACAGCCAAGGUGACACAAGUGACUCCCGGCGGUAUGCCGGUGGCAUGUACUCUGUAGAUCAAGAUUACAGAUUUUCCUCCAGAGAAAAGGCCUUGGUUAUUCACCAGCCCGACAACAGCAGACCAAUAGAAAUUGUUCCAAGAGAUGUGAACUUGAGAGACAAGUUUAUAAAACAUUUCACUGGACCAGUCAAGUUCUCAGCUGAAUGCAGCAAGCAUUUCCGUCGACUCUAUCACAACACAAGGGACUGUUCUAGACCAGCCUGCCCCAAAGAAACCAUAACAUCUAGCCUCAAGAAAAUGCUUCUAAUAUCUGAAAAUGAACCAAUUAGAUUACAAAAGGUGUGCAAGAUUGCUAACACGGUUAGCAAUGAGUCCCCUAUGUACGCAGUCUUAGAAAUCUUGUCCAAAUAA